ACCCUGCUAAGUUAUUCACAAAAUUUCUAAGUGCUCAGAUGUUGAAACUUAUUUUAUUGAAAAUAACGACUCAAGAAACUGGAAACUAACUACAUACGAGUCUUGUGGAAGUUACAUUAAAUAUAUUCAAUAAUAUGACUUAAUAUUUUAAUGUAAAUUACUUAUUGAAGGCUGCGUACAUUUUAAUGGUCGAAUAAUUACUAUUUAUUCCCGUGAUAUUUUAUUAAAAUACAACAAAAUGGUUAUCAAUUCAUACAAAACGAUAUAUAUUUUCUCUUUAAUGGCGUACAUUUGUGCGGCUUACGGGUUUUUUGACAUCGAUGAAAUUACAUCAACAACUAUGCGGAGACUUCCAAGGGACUUCUCGUUGGCGGUGAAGGAUAUAGCAGAGGGCUUGCCAGCGAAGACUGUGACCAUAGUGAGAGGGGAGUCAACUAAUAUCAGGUCUCAAGAUAUAUUCGAAUUAUUAUGUCUUUUAAACAAGCAUCAUAUCCAAGUAAUCAAUUUAAAUAUCACAUCGAAAGAAUACAAAGAUAAGUAUUACGAAUUCUUAAAAAAAGCGCUGGAUAUAUCGGAAGAACGCACAAGUUUAAUAUUAUGUGAACCUUAUGAAUGCGAAAACAUUCUUAUUGAGUUGACAGAAAACAACCUGAUUCAUCGCACAAUCCUGUACAUCUUUUAUUGGCCAAGUGGAUCUAUCAGUGACAGAUUCCUGUACACUAUCAGGGAAGCAAUGAGGGUUGCUGUCAUCACAAAUCCCAGAGAAAGUGUUUUUCGAGUAUACUACAACCAAGCGACACCGGAUCAUCUUCAUCACUUUUCCUUGGUGAACUGGUGGUCGGGCAGCCUAUACAAAUCGCCUGUACUUCCUCCAGCUGAUAAAGUCUAUAAAAAUUUUAAAGGAAGAGUAUUCCGUGUUCCCGUACUGCAUGCACCACCGUGGCAUUUUGUUAAAUACAACAACGAUUCUACAGUCAAUGUUACGGGAGGGAGGGAUGACAAAUUGCUGGCACUGCUCGCUAAAAAACUAAAUUUCAGAUACAAAUAUUACGAUCCUCCUGACAGGAGUCAAGGUUCCAGUAUAUCCGGUAACGGAACAUUUAGAGGCACGCUUGGACUCAUUUGGAAACGUAAAGCAGAUUUUUUCGUGGGCGACGUGACAAUGACCUGGGAGCGGCUGCAAGCGGUGGAAUUCUCAUUUUUGACGUUAGCCGACUCAGGUGCAUUCUUAACGCAUGCUCCAGCCAAACUAAGUGAAACACUGGCCAUCAUCAGACCGUUUCAGUGGGAGGUAUGGCCAUUAGUCUGCGCCACUGUUCUGGUGACUGGACCAGCGCUGUGGGUGGUGAUCGCAGCACCCUCGUUGUGGCAGAGACGGCGCCAGAACCAAUGGGGACUCUUAAAUAACUGCUGCUGGUUCACGACGACUCUCUUCUUGAGACAAUCAUCCAGCAAGGAACCUUCAAAAACCCAUAAGGCUAGAUUAGUAUCAGUUUUGGUAUCUCUCGGAGCGACUUACGUCAUUGGAGACAUGUAUUCGGCAAACCUGACAAGUCUUCUGGCGCGGCCAGCCCGAGAACAACCAAUAGGAACUCUGCAAGCUUUAGAAGAGGCUAUGAGGAACCGUGAUUAUGAACUUGUAGUGGAAAGGCAUAGUUCUUCGUUAACCAUUUUGGAGAAUGGGACAGGUGUAUACGGCCGUCUCGCUAAACUGAUGCGACGACAACGUAUACAGCGUGUCCGCAGCGUCGAAGUAGGAGUACGGAUGGUGCUCGCUCGCAAACACGUUGCCAUCUUGGGAGGACGGGAGACCCUGUAUUAUGAUACUGAGAGAUUUGGCUCCCAUAACUUUCACCUAAGUGAAAAGCUAUAUACUCGUUACUCUGCCAUUGCGUUACAAAUUGGCUGCCCUUUUCUUGAAACCUUCAAUAAUGUAGUGAUGACUCUAUUUGAAGCUGGCAUACUUGCUAAAAUGACUACGGAUGAAUACAAAAACCUGCCAGAAAGAUCGAGAAGAUCUGAACCGGUGACAGAGAGUGACAAAGAAAGCAGUGACCUCACGGGAGAAUCUAUAGCUACGUCUCAGAUGCAAGGGGAAUCCACAAAGGGUUUAGAACCAGUGUCUUUGAGAAUGUUACGCGGAGCAUUCUGUCUGCUGGGCAUCGGAUAUCUUGUAGCAGCUUUGGCCCUUGGGAUCGAGAUACAAGUGCAUAGAAGAACCAAGAACCGCAUCACUGUGUCUGUACGCACUGAAACGAGAAAAGUGCCGAGAUGUCUUCUAUUAGGCAAAAUGAAGAAGUACCUUAGAGAUGGAUUGGCAAGGAUCACCAGAUUGGUCUAUAAUUAUAUCGAUAGGGCUUUAGGGCCGGGGAUAUAGAUACAAAUAAUAAUAAAUAGUUAAGAAACGAUUACAGAAGAAGACUUUGUACAAAAGUCGAUUGCUUGGGUACCUCUGUCCCAUUCGUGUUACAACCGUGAAGCAGUUGUGUUUGCAUGGCUGUGUUUCGGUUUGAAGGGUGGGAUAUGGCGUGAAUUUACUGAUUACAGAGGAAUAACACCUGAGUCCUCAGGAAUGGCAACGCAUGGUACUGUGUACAUAUACAUGGUACUGCUCAUGUCUAUAGGCGAUGGUUACCACUUUCCAUCAGGUGGGCCGUCAGCUUGUUUGCCAUUCUAAGUUGUACAAAAAAAAAUCUUUUUACUGAACUGAAUUAGGUGUUAUCUUGUUGAAGUGUUGUCACUGGUUAUUUAAUUAGAAGUCUUUAAGUGUUGACAGUCGCACGCAUACUGAUGGUAGCGGAAUUAAACAAAACAAUUCUAAAUAAUCUUCAUGUAGUCCCGGCAUAGAAUAGGCCACCCCUUCCUUUUCCUUGGGUUUCGUAAGAGGCGACUAAGGAAGGGCGAGGGAUGGGCAGCAGCUGCCCUCUUAAAACAUCUCGAAAGCCUAACUGCAGUUGCCAAUCCGUCUGCUUACCGUGGCAACUACUGGCAAAACCCCCCAGGGGAAAAGCUUAUGUUCAACUGUGAACAGUUAAAGGCUGGUAUGAUGACGAUGAUGAUGAUGAAUUCUAAUUAAAUAACCAAUGACAGUAUUCUUUUCGAAUACGGUUUCAUAGAUAUUCAUUCCUUCAUAUACGUGUAUAGAGGUUUUUUAGCUAUUAAAAAAAAAACAAAAUUUAUGGACAUAAUCCUUUUGCACUUAAUUGUUAAUAUUAGUCACAAUACUGUAUACCUUUACUUACUGCGUAUAGUAAUAAACAGUAAACCUUUUAUAAAAAA